AUGUGUGCCGCAGAUGGCCCAGUGAUCUACCUCGCGGACAAGGAGGGUUCUGUCUUCCAGGCGGAGCAUCCUUUGUCUAACGCAUCCUUCCCGGGCAAAGUGACAGAGAUGUGCAAGUUUGACGGAAGCCACACGGACCCGGACGGGGAUUGCAUGCGCGUGACGGACUUCGGAGAGGAUGACGCCACAAUGCGGCCCAGGGACUCGGGAUCUGUGAUUGGAGCACUGGCCGUCCAAGAUGGGGCCAUCUUCGCUUGUAAGGGCCAUGGCUUGUUGAGCCACAAAGAUGGCGUCACCAAGGAAGUCCUGAAGGACGAGCGAUCUGCGCAGUCCUUUGCGUUUCCAGCGGCUCUGUUCCUCCUGGGGGCCACGGCUUUCGCCCAAUGCCCCGACGGCAUCCGUAUGGCGGCACCAGGGGGUCCAGUCAGCCUGGCCUUGAAGGCUGGCGACAUGGUCUUUGAGGACGACUCUGGCUCACCACAGCCCUACCCCAAAGACUUCAUCGGCCUGGACGCCAAGUUUUUGUAUUUUUUGGUGGAAAGGGACUUCUUCAGCGGCAUGGCCCUGCGCCGAUCUCCCCACGGCCAGCGAUCCGCGGCCCGGGCGUCGGCCCGGGCGGGAAGCGCCCGGGCGGCGCCGGCGCCGCUGGAUGCGGCACAUGCGGAGGCGCUGGAAAUGAAGGUCACUGCCAAGAAGGGCGCUAGGUUUUACAUCCGCUCGGCGGAGAAUAUGCUGAAGGGCAUCGAGGCCAAGCCAGCUGUGGAUGGGAGGGAGGCAGUGGAGGCGAAAAGUCCGGUGGAGCAUUUGCGGAUCUCAGCGCUGGGGAAUGCCAUCGACGUGGCGGUCGCAGUGGCCACCAGCGUGGCAGAAAGCGGUUUGGCGCAGCUCAGGCGCACCCAGACCACCUAUGUCAGCAUGGAGUCCGCAGGCGUUCCACAAAUACUGAUUGAUCUGCAGAAGUUGUGA